AUGGACAGCACCCGCGAAACAACUCAGGGGCGCUUGGACGCCGCUGGCUUCUGGCAGGUCUGGCAGCGCUUUGACGCGGAGGAAAAAGGUUACAUAGAAGAGAAGGAGCUUGAUGCUUUCUUUUACCACAUGUUGCCGCAAUUUUGUACUGAUGAUGUAGUCAUGGAAGAAAAUGUGCAGAAGAUGAAACAACAAUUUAUGUCUGCCCACAAUGUCUCUAAAGACGGUCGCAUACAGAUGGAAGAGCUUGCCUGCAUGUUCUUGUCCGAGGAUGAAAACUUUCUUCUGCUCUUUCGCCGGGAAACCCCCUUGGACAGCAGUGUGGAGUUUAUGCAGAUUUGGCGCAAAUACGAUGCUGACAGCAGUGGCUUUAUAUCAGCUGCUGAGCUUCGUAACUUCCUCCGAGACCUCUUCCGCCACCACAAAAAGGCCAUUUCUGAGGCUAAGCUGGAAGAAUAUACUGGCACCAUGAUGAAGAUCUUUGACAAAAAUAAUGAUGGCCGGUUGGAUCUUAAUGACUUGGCAAGGAUUCUGGCUCUUCAGGAAAAUUUCCUUCUCCAGUUUAAAAUGGAUGCUUGUUCCACUGAAGAAAGAAAGAGGGACUUUGAGAAAAUCUUUGCUCACUAUGAUGUCAGUAAAACUGGAGCCCUAGAAGGCCCAGAAGUGGAUGGGUUUGUCAAAGACAUGAUGGAGCUUGUCCAGCCCAGCAUCAGUGGCGUGGACCUUGAUAAGUUCCGGGAGAUUCUUUUGCGUCACUGCGAUGUGAAUAAGGAUGGAAAAAUUCAGAAGUCUGAGCUGGCUUUGUGUCUUGGGCUGAAAAUCAACCCCUAA